AUGAGCAAAGUUAAUGGGAAAGAUGCCUGUACAAUGACCUGGGUUCCUACCAUAAAGGAAGCUAAAGAAGCCAAUAAAGAUAAACAGAAUGUUAUAAUAGAUAAGUUAGAGGAAGGCAUUGAAAAACUGUAUUGGAUGUAUUAUAUCCAUUUGCCAUACUAUUUAAUGACGUCUUUUGAUUCAUUUUGUCUACAUGUUUUCUUUUUAACCAUAUUUUGUCUAAGUAUAUUUGGCGUGAUCAAAUACUGUUUCUUAUAG